UCAUGGUCGUCAUUACUAGUAGUAAAGUCAAAGCCAAAAGGUGCAUGGUACCAUGAGCAAAUUCAAAGGCUAUGAACUAUGGAGUGGUGCCCUAAACAGAGCCAAGUACAUUGUGGCUCCCAUGGUGGACCAGUCUGAGCUGGCCUGGCGAAUGUUAAGUCGGAAAUAUGGAGCAGAACUUUGUUACACACCGAUGCUACACGCUGCUGUGUUUCGUAGAGAUCCCAAUUACCGAAAAGAUAAUUUGGUCGUGUGCCCUGAAGAUAGACCUCUUAUAGUACAGUUUUGCGCUAAUGACCCUGCUAUUCUCCUGGAAGCUGCCAAGAUGGUUGCCCCCUACUGUGAUGCAGUGGACCUCAAUUUAGGCUGUCCGCAGAUCAUUGCUAAAAAAGGGCAUUAUGGAGCUUUCCUUCAAGAUGAGUGGGACUUAAUAUCACGAAUGGUUGGCCUCCUUCAUAGAGAUCUCUCUGUCCCGGUAACGUGUAAGAUAAGAGUGUUUGAGGAAGUUGAAAAGACAGUACAGUACGCUAAGAUGUUAGAGAAAUCUGGUUGCCAGUUGUUAACGGUGCAUGGACGGACGAGGGACCAGAGGGGAAUGAAGAUGGGGCUGGCUAGUUGGGAGCACGUCAGAGCAGUCAGAGAGAGUGUAUCCAUCCCAGUGUUUGCUAAUGGCAACAUCCAGUACCAUGGCGAUGUGGAAAGGUGUCUCACAGCAACCGGAGUGGAUGGAGUCAUGGCAGCUGAGGGAAACCUGUUCAACCCUGCCUUGUUUUCCGGGGAGCAGCCGCCAUGUUGGAGGGUGAGCGAGGAGUACCUGCAAUUAGUGAGGACACACCCCUGUCCCAUCUCCUUUGUUAGAGGUCACCUCUUCAAGAUCUGGUUUCACGUGAUGAAGCAACCUGAGUUCCAUUGUUUCCGAGAGCGUAUGGGUGUGGCCAGGAGCUUAGAGACCAUGGAGGAAAUCACCGGGGAGAUGAAAGCACUGCUUCUAGCUAGACUGAGUGAGGAGGAGCUGAAGUCAGAGUUCACUCUGGAUGCUAUACCGUAUUGGAGGUGUCAGCCCUACAUCAGACCAAUCCCCCCACUUAGUGAGGCUCAGUCAAUAGCUCAUAAGAGGUCAAGGUCCAUUUCUGGGGGAGAGGGGGAGCCAGACUCUGCUGAACUGGCUGCCAUGAUUACCAAGCGACAGAAAAACAAACGAGAUGCACUAAAGAAAGAAAACAAAGUUGGUAAUCCCACCACCCCAAACAAAAAGCAGUGGAUUACAUGUGCUAAUUGCAAGGGGAACCCCAAGGGCUUGAAGUGUGUUCACAACCUGUGCAAAGUGUGCUGUCGUAUCAAGUGUCGCACUGAGAGAUUGGACUGUCCAGGGCACAGGUUUACAAGCAAACACCAGCUCACAGAUGCACAUGAGCCAAAUGCAAAAGAGACAGAGCUCGGAACUGAACAGUUACAUACUGUUAGCUCUGUCUCUAGCUAGCAUAAGUGUUUACAUGUUAUUAUUUAUGAAUCAAAAUAAAAUUUAAUGUACAUUGUUUUGUUUUGGUAAAGAUCGCUAAAUGUCCGAAUUUGAA